AAUGCACUGGAAUUACAGGCAUGAGCCACUGCGCCUGUCUGAAGGUGGCUAAUAAUUUUUUUAAAAGAAAGUAGGCUUUGCAGAUGCCACCGCCGCUGGGAGCCCUGUACUAUCAGCCAUGGUCAACCUCAGUGUUCUUCAACAUUGCUGAUGAAGGCACGCCCUUGGGCCGUAUCUCCUUCAAGCUGUUUGCAGACAAGGUUCCAAAGACAGCAGAAAACUUUCAUGCUCUGAGCACUGGCGAGAAAGGAUUUGGUUUUAAGGGUUCCUGCUUUCACAGAAUUAUUCCAGGGUUUAUAUAUCAGGGUAGUGACUUCACACGCCAUAAUGGCACUGGUGGCAAGUCCAUUUACGGGGAGAAAUUUGAUGAUGAAAAACUUCAUCCUAAAGCAUGCAGGUCCUGGCAUCUUGUCCACAGUAAAUGCUGGACCCAACACAAACAUCUGCACUGCCAAGACUGAGUGGUUGGAUGGCAAGCAUGUGGUCUUUGGCAAGGUGAAAGAAGGCAAGAAUAUUGUGGAGGCCUCUUUUCGCCAUCUUUUCUCUUCCCGUGGAGCUGUCGCCAUGAAGGUCGAGCUGUGCAGUUUUAGCGGGUACAAGAUCUACCCCGGACACGGGUGGCGCUACGCCACGACCGACGGGAAGGUUUUCCAGCUUCUUAAUGCGAAAUGCGAGUCAGCGUUCCUUUCCAAGAGGAAUCCUCGGCAGAUAAACUGGACUGUCCUCUACAGAAGGAAGCACAAAAAGGGACAGUCGGAAGAAAUUCAAAAGAAAAGAACCUGCCGAGCAGUCAAAUUCUAGAGGGCCAUUGCUGGUGCAUCUCUUGCUGAUAUAAUGGCCAAGAGGAAUCAGAAACCUGAAUUUAGAAAGGCUCAACGAGAACAAGCUAUCAGGGCUGCUAAGGAAGCAAAAAAGGCUAAGCAAGCAUCUAAAAAGACUGCAAUGGCUGCUGCUAAGGCACCUACAAAGGCAGCACCUAAGCAAAAGAUUGUGAAGCCUGUGAAAGUUUCAGCUCCCCGAGUUGGUGGAAAACGCUAAACUGGCAGAUUAGAUUUUUAAAUAAAGAUUGGAUUAU